AUGAUCGACAAUAACCCUGCAGUCGUGCGGGAGUUGGGCGAUGGAGUAAUAGAUGAAGAUCAAUCAGAUAUCCAAAGUUUGGAAAAUGAGCUAUGGCUCAUAUCCCUCGACUUCACCUGCGGCGUCGCCCCGCCGUGCAGGAUGGACAACGAGACUGCGUGCGGCAGGGUGCUCGAUGUCGGUACCGGCAGCGGUAUCUGGGCCGUCAACUUUGCGGAUGACCAUCCAGAGGCAGAGGUCAUUGGCAUCGAUCUCUCGCCGCCCCUUUGUGACUAUGUACCUCCCAAUCUCAAAUUCGAGAUUGACGACCUCGAAGAGGAAUGGACCUGGUCACGACCAUUCAACUACAUCCACAGCCGCGUCAUGACGGGCGCCAUCAACGACUGGGACCUCUACCUCCGUAGAUGUUACGACAACCUCGAACCAGGCGGCUGGAUAGAACUCCAAGAACUAGACGUCCACGUAACCUCAGACGACGGCACCCUGACCCCCCACCACGCCCUCUCGCACUGGUCCCGCCUUCUCGCCGCCGCCUCCCAGAAGCUCGGCAGGCCGUACAUCGACCCGCGCGCCCUCGCCACGGGCGAUCCGACCACGGGGCUCGCCGCCGCGGGCUUCGUCGACGUGUCCGUCACGACCUUCAAGUGGCCGCUCAACGAGUGGCCCAAGAGCGCGAAGCACAAGCAGCUCGGCCGGAUCCAGCUCGAGAACGGGACGACGGGCAUGGAGGCCUUUACGAUGGCGGCGUUUACGCGCGCGUUCAAGUGGACACCCGAGGCUGUUAAUGUGUUUUUGGUGGAUGUGAGGAAUGAUUUGAGGGAUAGGGAUAUUCAUGCGUACAUGCCGGCGUGA